AUGUCAAUGAGUGGUCAGGGCUCGGGUGGUGAGGGUCAAUCCGGGACGCAAUCAAGAUCUGAUCAGGAUGUCCUUCAGCCUCAAGAAGUGAAUCGGGAAGCCGAGGGGCUACAUGAGCCGAUCUCCUUCAAGCGAAAACAAAAACAACGAUCACGGUUCUUCAGUCUGUCUAGCCUUCUCUCCCCUCCCGCUGGCGGAUCGGAUACUGGCUUUGGCUCUCCGGCGCCGCAAGGUGGUCAGAACGGCGAUGCGUCGCCCCUUGACCCUUAUGCACCGAUAGGAUUCAACGGCGGUGCGGAAGCAACAAAAGAUGGCGCACCAUUAGACUGGUAUGUGGAAGGCCCAGGACGACGUGUGGGCUAUGACGACUUCACCGCUAUCGAUUGGAUCUACGAGUAUACGAAGGAGCGGCAAAGGAAACGGCUUCUUUACGCUAGUGGACAGGGACUAUUGGGUCAUGCUCGCCGACUUCUUGAUGCAAGCAAUGUCUGGUUGGUGUUGGUUGCGACAGGCAUUGCUGUAGGAAUAAUCGCUGCUUCAAUCGACAUUGCAACAAAUUGGCUGGGUGAUCUGAAGUCCGGGUAUUGCAAAAAUGGAAGCGGAGGUGGCAAGUUCUAUCUUAACAAGACCUUUUGCUGCUGGGGUCUCGAUGUGCGAAAUUAUGCUGUUUAUGCUCGACACAGUGGAAUCCCCGAAAUCAAAACGAUCCUUGGUGGAACUGUCAUCCGACAUUUCAUGGGGCCCUGGACGCUUGCCAUUAAAUCACUGGGCCUGUGUCUUUCUGUUGCAUCCGGUCUAUGGCUAGGCAAAGAAGGACCGCUUGUGCAUGUUGCAUGCUGCUGCGCGAAUAUCCUAAUGAAACCUUUCGAGGGCCUGAAAGGCAAUGAAGCACGCAAACGAGAGGUCCUUUCUGCGGCGGCCGCCGCAGGUAUCUCAGUCGCAUUCGGGGCACCUAUCGGAGGUGUUCUUUUUAGUUUAGAGCAACUUUCAUAUUACUUCCCCGACAAGACAAUGUGGCAAAGCUUUGUCUGUGCUAUGGUCGCAGCUGUUACUUUGCAAGCCUUGAACCCAUUCCGGACAGGUAAAAUUGUGCUGUAUCAAGUCACCUACACUCGAGGCUGGCACCGCUUCGAAAUUAUCCCAUUCAUUAUUCUUGGCAUACUCGGCGGUCUCUAUGGAGCAUUCCUCAUCCGUCUGAAUACGAGAGUUACCAAGUGGAGACGAGCUCGAACUUCCUCUCGGCCAAUCAUUGAAGUGGUUGUCGUGGCUCUCAUUACAGCUUUGGUCAACUAUCCAAAUCACUUCAUGCGGGCUCAGAAUUCGGAGCUUGUUCAGUCCCUGUUCGCCGAGUGCAACAGUGUGACCUAUGAUCGAUUUGGUCUCUGCGCAACAGGAUCUGCCUCAGUCGGUGUGGCAAUCUACCUAGUCAUAGCUGCUUUACUGGCCUUUUUUUUGGCUUCCUUGACAUUUGGGCUUGAGAUUCCUGCGGGUAUCAUCCUUCCUUCGGUCGCUAUCGGUGCUCUUUACGGGCGUGCUCUAGGCAUCAUAGUCCGCUUGUGGCAAGAAUCUUAUCCCAACGCAUUUCUGUUUAGCAAAUGCGAGCCAGACAUUCCAUGCGUCACACCUGGCUUGUAUGCAAUUAUUGGGGCUGCCGCUGCUCUUGGCGGUGCUACUCGAAUGACUUUGUCAAUUGUCGUCAUCAUGUUUGAAUUGACUGGCGCGUUGACUUAUGUGAUCCCGAUCAUGAUUGCCGUGAUGUUGUCCAAGUGGUGUGGUGACAUCUUCGGAAAGCGAGGUAUCUACGAGUCAUGGAUUCGACUAAAUGAGUAUCCUUUCCUCGACCAUCGCGAUGACACCACUCCACCAGACGUAUCUGCCCACCGGGUCAUGACAACCGUGGACGAUAUCAGCCUCAUUACUGCCACUGGUCAUACUAUUGCAUCGAUCCGCAACCUCCUAGCUAACACUACAUAUCGCGGGUUUCCCAUAGUUUCAGACACGUCUAGCCCCAUCCUGCUAGGCUACAUCACUCGCAAUGAGCUCUCUUUUGCUCUAAAAUGCUCAACCUCUCCUACCACCCGCAACCUCUCUGACGAGACACAGGUCUUCUUUUCGCAUCAACCUUUUGCAGACCCUGUUGAUACCCUUGAUCUAAGGCCUUGGAUGGACCAGACACCAAUGACCUUGAACAGUAACAUCACUUUCUUGAUUGUUUUGCGAAUGUUUCAACGUCUUGGCUUGCGUUAUGUGUUGUUUGCCAACAAGGGCAUUCUACAAGGACUACUGACCAAGAAAGAUGUGUGGUCAGUGCUGAACGGCGUGGAGUUUCGCCGCGAAGAAGCUCUUCGAGAUGAAGAAUUCCGGGAUUUCCAAAAUCAUAAUGAGGCUGAAGAGGUUGGUUUGCUUGAUGGGAAUGAUGCGUCCAGUCUUGGUAGUUCGUUAAGGCGGGAUUCUCUUUGA